ACCGAGUCAGACCGCUGGGAGGCUGGGGGAGCCGGGUUGGGCGAGGAGGCGAGCGAGAUGGGGGAGCUCUUAUUUUGACAGGGGCCUCUCCGGGCUCUGGUAUGAAGGCAGAAGGAGGCAGCCAGAGAGCCCCGAUGCUUAUUCAGGCUGGGGAGCGGAGCCGAGUGGAGGGGCGAGCGAGGCUCCGGCAGCGCAGGGGAGCCCGGGGAGGCGGCGGCGAACGGCGGAGCCAGUGGCCGGACAUGCCCCGGACUCGGGGCCGCUGCACCACCGCCGCUGCCCGGAGCCAGCCGGCCGGACGCCCGCACGCCUGGGUCCCCCGGCGCCGCGCCGCCCGGGGACUGCGACCCGGACCCUCGGCGUCCGACCAACAAUAAGCGCCCAGACAGCCCCCUCCCAGCCCCGCGCCCGCCGUCCCCGCGGGCCUCGGGAAAAGUGAAAGAAGGAGACGAAGGAAGGAAGGAAGGAAGGAAGGGAGGAGGAGCAGGAGCCGGAGCCGCGAGGUUCGGGGCUGAGACCCCAGCCCUGAGCCCCGGGCCGGGCGGGUGUGCGCGCUCUCCCGCCGCUGCCCGGCGCCCAAGACCAUGCUCCGCGGUUGGAAAGCAGGAACCCAGGCGCCCAGCGACCCCCGGAUACCCACUCCCGGGCCGGGCUGGUAUUGAGAUCAAGGCGUCCAGGAUCAAAAGAUCACCACCUGCCCGCCCUCCUCCGCACCUCCAACUGGCGAGCAGGAGGACCCCAAUCCACCCACCGACCCUGACCUGGUCAUGGCGUCCAACUCCGGCCUGGCGUGAGGACCCCUGACCCGCGCGAGGGAGCCCCAGCCCAGAUCACACCCUUGAGCCUGAGCCCGACACGCAUUAUCCUGAGUCCCUGCUCCAGUACCGAGUACCUGGCUGGGCCCUGGGCACGCACAGGGGCCGUAGCCCCACUGUGUGUGGGAACCAUGAGGAUCCUGGCUAACAAGACAAGGUUACCCCACCCUAGGAGGAGAGAAGCUCCAGGGAGCCCGCCGCUGUCCCCCCGCGGCCACUGCCCCCCUGCCCCAGCCAAGCCAAUGCACCCAGAAAAUAAGUUGACCAAUCAUGGCAAGACAGGGAAUGGCGGGGCCCAAUCCCAGCACCAGAAUGUGAACCAAGGACCCACCUGCAACCUGGGCUCGAAGGGCGUGGGGGCGGGGAACCAUGGGGCCAAGGCCAACCAGAUCUCACCUAGCAACUCAAGUCUGAAGAACCCCCAAGCAGGGGUGCCCCCUUUCAGCUCGCUCAAGGGCAAAGUGAAGAGGGAGCGGAGCGUGUCUGUGGACUCCGGAGAGCAGCGAGAGGCUGGGACACCGUCCCUGGAUUCGGAGGCCAAAGAAGUGGCACCCCGGAGUAAGCGGCGUUGUGUGCUGGAGCGGAAGCAGCCAUACAGUGGGGACGAAUGGUGCUCAGGACCGGACAGCGAGGAGGAUGACAAGCCCAUUGGGGCCACCCACAAUUGUAAUGUAGCAGACCCAGCCAUGGCGGCCCCACAGCUGGGUCCUGGCCAAGCCGCCCAACUGCCCCUCAGCGAGAGCAGCGCACCAGGCCCCCCGCAUGGGCCCCCGCCAGGCCUCCGGCCUGACGCCCCCGGGGGUGGAGGCGGGGGCGUCCCGGGAAAGCCUCCCUCACAGUUUGUGUAUGUCUUCACCACCCACCUGGCCAACACAGCUGCGGAGGCAGUGCUGCAGGGCCGGGCCGACUCCAUCCUCGCCUACCACCAGCAGAACGUGCCCCGUGCCAAGCUGGACCAGGCCCCCAAAGUGCCACCCACCCCAGAACCGCUACCCCUGAGCACACCAUCAACAGGCACCCCUCAGUCCCAGCCUCCUCCACUGCCGCCACCACCACCCCCAGCCCCAGGCAGCGCCCCCCCUGCUCUGCCUUCUGAGGGGCCUCCUGAGGACACCAAUCAGGACCUGACACCCAACUCGGUGGGAGCUGCCAGCACGGGUGGUGGCACUGGGGGUACCCACCCUAAUACCCCUACAGCUUCCACCGCCAACAACCCGCUGCCUCCUGGAGGAGACCCCAGCAGUGCUCCCGGCCCUGCCCUGCUUGGGGAGGCCGCCACCGGCAAUGGGCAGCGGAGCCUGGCGGGCUCAGAGGGCCUGUCCAAGGAACAGCUGGAGCAUCGGGAGCGCUCCCUCCAGACGCUCCGCGACAUUGAGCGGCUGCUGCUCCGCAGCGGGGAGGCUGAGCCCUUCCUCAAGGGGCCCCCCGGAGGAGCAGGCGACGGGGGACCACCAGCACAAGCCCCUCCCGCCCCCCAGCAGCCGCCCACGGCCCCGGCCAGCGGGCUGAAGAAGUACGAGGAGCCCUUGCAGUCCAUGAUUUCGCAGACACAGAGCCUCGGGGGCCCCCCGCUGGAGCAUGAAGUGCCUGGACACCCCCCGGGUGGGGACAUGGGGCAGCAGAUGAACAUGAUGAUGCAGAGGCUGGGCCAGGACAGCUUGACACCUGAGCAGGUGGCUUGGCGCAAGCUGCAGGAAGAGUACUACGAGGAGAAACGGCGGAAGGAGGAGCAGAUCGGGCUGCAUGGGGGCCGCCCACUGCAGGACAUGAUGGGCAUGGGGGGCAUGAUGGUGAGGGGACCACCGCCUCCCUACCACAGCAAGCCUGGCGAUCAGUGGCCCCCUGGGAUGGGAGCCCAGCUGCGGGGGCCCAUGGAUGUCCAAGAUCCCAUGCAGCUCCGGGGUGGACCACCCUUCCCCGGUCCCCGUUUCCCAGGCAACCAGAUGCAACGGGUGCCUGGGUUUGGGGGCAUGCAGGGUAUGCCCAUGGAGGUGCCCAUGAAUGCCAUGCAGAGGCCUGUGAGGCCGGGUAUGGGCUGGACUGAAGACCUGCCCCCUAUGGGGGGGCCUGGCAAUUUUGCCCAGAACGCGGUGCCCUACCCAGGCGGGCAGGGUGAAGCCGAGCGAUUUAUGACCCCUCGGGUUCGUGAGGAGCUGCUGCGACACCAGCUGCUGGAGAAGCGGUCGAUGGGCAUGCAGCGCCCCCUGGGCAUGGCCGGCAGCGGCAUGGGGCAGGGCAUGGAGGUGGAACGGAUGAUGCAGGCGCACCGGCAGAUGGAUCCGGCCAUGUUCCCCGGGCAGAUAGCUGGCGGCGAGGGCCUGGCGGGCACUCCCAUGGGCAUGGAGUUUGGUGGAGGUCGGGGCCUCCUGAGUCCCCCCAUGGGGCAGUCUGGGCUGAGGGAGGUGGACCCACCCAUGGGGCCAGGCAACCUCAACAUGAACAUGAAUGUGAACAUGAACAUGAACAUGAACCUGAACGUGCAGAUGACCCCACAGCAGCAGAUGCUGAUGUCGCAGAAGAUGCGGGGCCCCGGGGACAUGAUGGGGCCGCAGGGCCUCAGUCCCGAGGAGAUGGCCCGGGUGCGGGCCCAGAACAGCAGCGGCAUGAUGGGCGGCCCGCAGAAGAUGCUUAUGCCCUCGCAGUUUCCCAGCCAGGGCCAGCAGGGAUUCUCUGGGGGCCAGGGACCCUACCAAGCCAUGCCCCAGGAAAUGGGCAAUACUCAAGACAUGUUCAGCCCAGACCAGAGCUCAAUGCCCAUGGCAAACGUGGGUACCACCCGGCUCAGCCACAUGCCCCUGCCUCCUGCAUCCAAUCCUCCCGGCUCUGUGCAUUCAGCCCCAAACCGGGGGCUGGGCAGACGGCCUUCAGACCUCACCAUCAGUAUUAAUCAGAUGGGCUCACCGGGCAUGGGGCAUCUGAAGUCGCCCACCCUUAGCCAGGUACACUCACCCCUGGUCACCUCGCCCUCCGCCAACCUCAAGUCACCCCAGACUCCCUCACAGAUGGUGCCCUUGCCUUCGGCCAACCCGCCAGGACCUCUCAAGUCACCCCAGGUCCUCAGCUCCUCUCUCAGCGUCCGUUCGCCCACCGGCUCGCCCAGCAGGCUCAAGUCUCCCUCCAUGGCGGUGCCUUCUCCAGGCUGGGUCGCCUCGCCCAAGACAGCCAUGCCCAGCCCCGGAGUCCCCCAGAACAAGCAGCCGCCUCUGAACAUGAACUCUUCCAGCACCCUGGGCAACAUGGAGCAGAGUGCCCUCCCGCCUAGCGGCCCCCGGAGCAACUCCUCAGCGCCUCCCGCCAACCCUCCCAGCGGCCUCAUGAACCCCAGCCUGCCAUUCACUUCCUCCCCAGACCCCACGCCUUCCCAGAACCCCCUGUCACUGAUGAUGUCCCAGAUGUCCAAGUACGCCAUGCCCAGCUCCACCCCGCUCUACCACAAUGCCAUCAAGACCAUCGCCACCUCAGACGACGAGCUGCUGCCCGACCGGCCCCUGCUCCCCCCGCCACCACCACCGCAGGGCUCUGGGCCAGGGAUCAGCAAUAACCAGCCCACCCAGAUGCACCUGAACUCAGCUGCUGCCCAGAGCCCCAUGGGCAUGAACCUGCCAGGCCAGCAGCCCCUGUCCCAUGACCCCCCACCUACCAUGUUGCCCUCCCCCACCCCUCUGGGCUCCAACAUUCCACUGCACCCCAAUGCACAGGGGACAGGAGGGCCCCCUCAGAACUCGAUGAUGAUGGCUCCAGGGGGCCCAGACUCCCUGAAUGCCCCCUGCGGCCCUGUGCCCAACUCCUCCCAGAUGCUGCCCUUUCCCCCUCGGCUGCAGCAGCCCCACGGUGCCAUGGCCCCUAGUGGGGGCGGGGGCGGGGGACCCGGCCUGCAGCAGCACUACCCUUCAGGCAUGGCCCUGCCCCCAGAGGACCUGCCGAGCCAGCCGCCAGGCCCCCUGCCCCCCCAGCAGCACCUGAUGGGCAAAAGCAUGGCCGGCCGCAUGGGCGACGCGUACCCCCCGGGCGUGCUCCCCGGGGUGGCGUCAGUGCUGAACGACCCUGAGCUGAGCGAGGUGAUCCGGCCCACCCCGACGGGGAUCCCCGAGUUCGACUUGUCCAGGAUCAUCCCCUCGGAGAAGCCAAGCAGCACCCUCCAGUACUUCCCCAAGAGCGAGAACCAGCCCCCCAAGGCCCAGCCCCCCAAUCUGCAUCUCAUGAACCUGCAGAACAUGAUGGCGGAGCAGACCCCCUCCCGGCCCCCCAACCUCCCGGGCCAGCAGGGCGUCCCGCGGGGGCUCAACAUGUCCAUGUGCCACCCCGGACAGAUGUCCUUGCUGGGCAGGACAGGUGUGCCCUCACAGCAGGGCAUGGUGCCCCAUGGCCUGCACCAGGGGGUCAUGGCCCCUCCACAAGGCCUCAUGACCCAGCAGAAUUUCAUGCUGAUGAAGCAGCGGGGCGUGGGCGGUGAGGUCUACAGCCAGCCCCCCCACGUGCUCCCCCCGCAGGGCUCUCUCAUGGGCCCCCCGCCCCAGCAGAACCUCAUGGUGUCCCACCCGCUGCGGCAGCGCAGUGUGUCUCUGGACAGCCAGAUGGGCUACCUCCCGGCGCCGGGCGGCAUGGCCAACCUGCCCUUCUAGCAGUCCCCGUGGGGGGCUGGAGCUGGGGCGAUACUGCAAAUAGGAUAACCUUAAGAAAGUUUCUUCCCCUUCGGUGUUGGGAUGGCCUGGGUCAAGGGGUGGGGUGGAGGGGGUGGGAGGGGGCUUGUGUGGGGAGUGGCAUUUGUGGAAACCAGAUGUGCUGGCAGCUUAGGGGGAAGUGGCAGAGUGGGGUGGGGGAUUUGGGAUGGGGGUUGGUCCCAUUUCGGCCACCAGGACUGCCCCUCCCCCUCGCCCCCCCCCCCCCCGCCCAGUCCUACGGAGCCUCGAUUUUCCCUCUUUCUCUGCGUCCACCCUCUUCAGCUUUGCUUUCAGAGCCCUGUAUCUAAUCCUUGGCAGGGAGCAGGAGAGGAGAGGUCUCCCUCCCUCUCCCUCCCCUUCCUGCUGCUGUCUCCUCUGGGAGCUUCACUUUCCUCCUCUUGGUUUCUCUGCCCACCCUCCCCACCCCCGUUUUUCCUUCUGUCUUCUCCUGCCUCAGUUCCUCUCCCUGAUGAUGUGGCUGACCCCCUCUCCCACCCCAACCUGCAGGCGGCUGGCCAGGUGGGCAGGCGCCAGCCGUAGCUGUAAAUAGAGCGCUGUGCUUUUGUGCCGGUUUGUGUGUGUGCUGUAUUUCUGUGUUUUGAUAGAAGUCACACAAAAAAAGGAUAAAAGAAACCCUUCCCCCCUUUUUCAAAUGAUUGCCCCUUCCAUUCCCCUGGACCCAGGGGCACGCAGUCCGACACACCUACCCGCUGUGGCAGUGUCUCUGGGUCCAUAAAGGAUACCAUUCCGGUCCCCUCCCCCCAAUGGUGAAAUGACGUAGCUACACCCACACCUAAACUGAGGUCAGACCACCUAGGCUUCCACCUGGUGAGCCCCAGCAGGGCUGAGACCCCCCCAGGGUGGCAGCCUGUCUGCUGCUGAGUGAUUCAGGAGAACGCGUGCACGUGCAUGUGUGUUUGCCCCACAGAGGUGACACGGGGCCCUGGCUUCCUAGCUGUGGAUGUCUGGUGUCCCCUGCUGCUACAUCUUAGCCAGAACUUGAAGUCCUUGGUCCCCAGUCUGGGAUAAAGGCAAGGAGGACGAGGCGGAGACUGUGUGGCCCCCUCGUGUGGAGCCGUGGAGGGGUGGCCCGGGGGGCCAGGUGGUCCUGUGCCCGCUGCAGUGGCUCUGGGCCAGGUAGCCCCCAGGGCCAUGACUCUUCCAGAGGCUACCACCUACUUCCUUAUCACCAAAGGAGGAAAGGAAAAGGGUUUGGCCAAGUCCGUCUGUCUCCCUCCAGCCUCCACCCGCUGAGGAUGGAAUAGAGAAAGUGUUGGAUGCGGAGCAGGAGAGCGUCUUCCCACUUCUCUCUGCCUGGCCGAUCACUGGCAAGGUCCCUCUGCCCAGAGCUCAGGGCUCUGUGCCCACCCAGGCGCAGCCACUGCCUUCCCCUCAGCCCCCGGCUCUUUCCCAUACAAGCUCCCCACCCGCCUCUGGUCAGAGCUGAAGCCAUACACGAUUGGGUGUUUUGCCCCCCUCAGCCCCAGGAGUAAAACACUUCUCCUUUUCUCACUUCCUUUCCUGCCUUGUGAGGUGGCAGGGCAGUUACCUGGCUGAGGCCUUUCGUACCCCACCUCCAGGGCCAAGGGCCAUUUCUAGACAAGGUGUCUUCUGCCGUGGCCCCGUCCCCAGCCUUCCUGACCUGAGGGCCUGGUCUCCCAUUGGCAGCUGUGAUACAAAGGGAAUUUGUCCCCAGUUCUCCCAGUCUGGUGCUGUCCUCAGUACCCCGUCAGCCAGGUCAAGUGCUUCCUCCGGGGCUGGCUGCGAGCUCCUGCCUCCCCCAGCCCCUCCCAGGGGCCAGGGCCUGGUCCCCCGUGUUCAGGGGCCACCUGCCCUCAAUCCCGCCAGACACGUUCCCACCCUGUCUCAACCCGGACCUCGUGCCCUUGAGUCCCCCACCCAUGACCCAAGACUCCCCAAACCGACUCUUAAGUGUUUCCUGCGCAGAGGAGAGACGGGUCAGACUGAAAAGGGCCUGAUGCCCUCCCCCUCCCCCGCUCCUCCCACCUCUGCCACCAGACUAGCUUUCCAAGGUGAAUUCCACAGGCCAGCUACUUCCCUCCAUCCAUGGCCACACCCCCAGCCAUUUUGUACCAUUAUAUAAAUAUAUAUAUAAAUAUAAAUAUAUAAAUACAAUAUGUGAAGACAUCUUCUUGGUUUUUAUUUUGAAACAAUUUUUAGGCUUGUUCCGGGGGUCUCUGUGCUGCCUGUACUGUAUUGACCUGUUUUAUAGGUGCCUUUUUAUUAAAAAGAGAAAAUUAAAAA